CGGCGGAAGCGGAGAGCGACGGCGUCCUGUUUCUUUCAGAUUGAAGUGGUGCCAUGCAGCAAGAAGCAGAGAGAUGCAGAGUUCGAACCAAAAGGCCUGACAUGGCACUUUAUGUACCUAAAGCUCGAAGGGGCACAGCACUUCUCAAGGCAGGUGACAAGGAAGAAAGCUGUCGGCCUCCUGCCUUUGUGGUGAAAGAACAAAAAGAAGGUUGUCUUCCCCAGAAGAUCUCUGGAAAUAACCCUGAGUCUCAGAGACUAAGUGGCCGUUCUCAUAGAAAGGAGUGUGACUGUAAGGAAGGAAAGAGAUCUUCAUCAAAAUUGAGGAAAGACAGCUGUCUUCAAAAAAAGAAUAAAGAUAAAGCUUGUGCUAAGAGAGGAAGUGAAGAAUCCAGAGAAGCCUCAUCUCAAGAAGCCCCCCGUGCUGGAAUUAUAUCUAAUAUACCUCUACAAAGACUUUUUGAACCAAAGGAAAUUCCGACUGCAGGAGUGACGGGACACCAGGAGGUGCUUCUGUCAAAGUCUUACUCAGAAGUCAGUGGUGCUCAGGUUCUAAACAGAUCAUUCCAGAACAUGGGGCUUUGUGAUUGUAGUGGAGAAACUUUUGUAAAUAGAAAGUUGGAAAGCAGAAUUGAAACGGAGGCCAAAGUUAUGGAGCUAGUGUCCCAGUUUCCUCAAGUUGUUACCGCUCUGUUGAAACCAGAGGGUAUGGUUAUACCAGUAACACUAAGUUCUGAUCCUGAAAGUGCACCACCCGGUGUGGAAACGUCAGAUGGAGUGUCAAAGCACAGUCCGGGGAGCAGCUCUGCAGUUUCUGUUCCUGGAGGUCCAGAUGAGGACAUUGAGCCAUCUUUAAUAGACUUUGAAGUUGAGAGCGAGGAUACAGUCAACUCUGCAGAGUCUGUCUUGGGUCAGAAAGGUGUAGAUUCUAUUCCUGAGACUAUGGGUAGCAGUUCUCUUAAAAUGGCUGUAGUUAGCAAAUUAGAGAGCACAAAUGGCAUUAUUGAUCCAACAGUGACUGGAGAAUGUGAGAGUGACAACUCUGCUGAUGAGUUAUGUGUAGAGUAUGAACCUUCUGACACAGCUGCCCUUGCUUGUGAAACAGACACAGGCGAUGGAUUUCAGAAUGUGUGUGACACUGCCAGCGAGGCAUGUUUGGAGGACAUUGCAGGUGCACUUUGUGCUCACGUAACUGCAGGCAGCCCUUGUAUGGUUGCAGUUAGAGAAUCUGAUGAGAGUAGUAGCAAUACGAGUCAUUUCCCAGAUUAUCUGGAAAGGAGUGCAGAUGUAAAAGCCCUUCUUGAUGCGGUUAAAAGUGAGAACGACUCAGAAAACGUUAGCAGCCGAACUGCUUGCUCAGAUAUUUAUGCUGAGAGUAUGGCAUCUAGUUUUACAGAGUCAACAGGAAAGUUGAUAGAGAGUGUGUCAGGUUGUGCUUCCUCUUUACCCAUAAAGAAGAUUGCUGAUGGUAAUUGUACCACUUGUUCAGACUCCGAACUGAGUGUGUCAAGUGGGACAGAAGUCCUUUCAGAGAGUGCCUUGGGCAGUGAUCUGAAUAGUACUGAGGAGAUAACAGAGGCAUUGCACGAACUAAGAACUGCUGAAGAGUUUAAAACAAAAGAAGAAGAUGACUCAGAGAAUACAGUGUGUGGCCUAUCAUUUUCUGAGAGAGAUUCAUCUGUGGAAACACCCGGAGAGCUACAAACCACAGACACUUCGCACAUUCAAGGAAGUAUUGCUGUGGAGGAAAGCUGGGAAUCUAUGUUUAAUGAUGAUGGUGACUGUGUAGAUCCACGUCUUCUGCAAGAGUUAUCAGGGAAUAUGAAGAACAGAAAAAGCAUCCAGGAGCCUAGAUUUGAUUAUUACAGCCAUGAACUUCCUGAUAUUGACCUCAGUGAAUGUGAAUUCCCACAUGUCAUUGAAAUUUAUGAUUUUCCUCAAGAAUUCCGUACGGAAGACCUUUUGAGGAUUUUCUGCAGUUACCAAAAGAAAGGAUUUGAUAUUAAAUGGGUAGAUGACACACAUGCCCUGGGAGUAUUCUCCAGUCCAAUCACAGCUCGUGAUGCUCUGGGUAUUAAACACACCAUGGUGAAGAUUCGGCCCUUGUCACAGGCCACAAGAGCAGCCAAGGCCAAAGCUAGAGCUUGUGCUGAGUUUCUCCAGCCAGCCAAGGAUCGACCUGAGACUUCAGCAGCCUUAGCCAGAAGGUUAGUCAUCAGUGCCCUUGGGGUUCGAAGCAAACAGAGCAAAAUGGAACGGGAGGCAGAGCUCAAGAAACUGCAAGAAGCCCGAGAAAGAAAACGGUUGGAAGCCAAGCAACGGGAAGACAUCUGGGAAGGAAGAGACCAAUCUGCAGUUUGAACAUCACUUAUGAAAGGUGAAUCCAUGAAGUAGGAAGUGUUUUCAUAUUCUUGAGACAAGAGGAUCCUUCCAGAGCUGUGUACAUGCACAUGUUAAAGAAAACGUGAAGAAAACAAAAGACUGGAAGGUAUAGCAAGAACAAGAACUGCCCUCCUAUGGUAGAUGUUAAAAGAAGAAAAAUGGAAGAAGUGGCUUCUGAGAGUCCUCUGGGUAGAAGAGGUCAUGUUAGUGUGGGUCACACUUCCACGAAGUCUAAAGCGAGUGCAAAGCAGAACAGAGGAUUCAAAACCUGCAGUGAUAGAAGCUGGAGGCCCAUGGGGCAGGGUAUCCCCUUAGUGCUUCACAAAGUUGAGACCAGCAGAGCAGGUGGUGGGAAGCAUUCAUAGAGACAGAAGUGCCUGGUGUACUUAGCAUCUACACUGCUGGCUCCAGAACUCUAAAGCCAGGAAAGUGCAGGACACGUGGGUAUUUGGACUCCUGAAUUUGUACUAAGCUUGGUGCCUGGUACCGCUCCAGCUGCACAGAAGCCAGGGGUCUUCCCCCUUCCUUCCUUGCAGUAAGCCAGUCCUAGGGAGCUGAGUGCCAACUCCAAUUUAAGCAGUAAUGUGUUGUGAGAGGGAGAGAUUAAAGGUGAUUUUAUAAUAUAA